AUGAACAUCUCUCAUCUUCUGUCCCUGCUGCUCCCGGGAUCCCCGCAGGGUCAAAACAGCAGUAAGUCAAAGGGCACCGUGUACAACUUCUCUGACCACUGCCAGGACUCUGUGGACCUGAUGGUCUUCAUUGUCACCUCCUAUAGCAUCGAGACCAUUGUGGGGGUCCUGGGCAACCUCUGCCUGAUGUGUGUGACGAUGAGGCAGAAGGAGAAGGCCAAUGUGACCAGCCUGCUCAUCGCCAACCUGGCCUUCUCUGACUUCCUCAUGUGCCUCAUCUGCCAGCCGCUCACGGCCAUCUACACCAUCAUGGACUACUGGGUCUUUGGCGAGGCCCUUUGCAAGAUGUCAGCCUUCAUCCAGUGCAUGUCAGUGACGGUCUCCAUCCUCUCGCUUGUCCUUGUGGCCCUAGAGCGGCAUCAGCUCAUCAUCAACCCGACAGGCUGGAAGCCCAGCGUCUCUCAGGCCUACCUGGGGAUCGUGCUCAUCUGGCUCAUCGCCUGCUUCCUCUCCCUGCCUUUUCUGGCCAACAGCGUCCUGGAGAAUGUCUUUCACAGGAACCAUUCCAAGGCUCUGGAGUUUCUGGCAGACAAGGUGGUCUGCACCGAGUCCUGGCCGCUGGCCCACCACCGCGUCAUCUACACCACCUUCCUGCUGCUCUGCCAGUACUGCGUCCCUCUGGCCUUCAUCCUGGUCUGCUACGCGCGCAUCUACCAGCGCCUGCGGAAGCAGAGGAGGGUGUUCCGCAAGGGCACCUACAGCUCGCAGGCCUGGCAGGUCAAGCGGAUCAAUGGGAUCCUUGUCUCCAUGGUGGCCGCCUUCGCCCUGCUCUGGCUGCCCCUGCACGUGUUUAACAGCUUGGAGGACUGGUACCACGAGGCCAUCCCCAUUUGUCAUGGCAACCUCAUCUUCUUGGUGUGCCACCUGCUCGCCAUGGCCUCCACCUGCAUCAACCCGUUCAUCUACGGCUUCCUCAACACCAACUUCAAGAAGGAGGUCAAGACCCUGGUGCUGACUUGCCAUCAGAGCGCUCCCGCGGAGGAGGUCGAACAGCUGCCCCUGUCCACGGUGCACACGGAAGUCUCCAAAGGGUCCCUGAGGCUCAGCGGCAGGUCCAACCCCAUGUAG